GUAUUUUAAUGCCAGCUUUAUUAAGCGUACAACUGUAAGUGAUAUUUUGCUACUUUUGCCUGCAUGAAUCUUCUUACAGAUCUUUACAGUUCAACAUCGCAAAAGAAAUGAAUUUUUGGUAAAUAUCUUAACUUUUUUUCUCUUAUCGGCGCAGACGGUACCGCAUGCACAGUUUAGUACCCGUGAUACAGCCAGCAGUGAUGAAGCUACUUGAACGCCACACCGAAAAAUAAGAUUUAUUUAUCAAUACUAUAUGUAACCAGAUAACAAUCUGUAGGUGUGGCGUAAACGACUUCUCCAUUUUUCUGUUGCCUUUGGAGGGAAGAAACAUAAUGUGUAAAAUUAUCAAAAAAAAAAAAAAAAACAUGUUCAAGUUUUGUGAAACAGUCGUAAUAUAUAUUUAUUGUUAAACUGGGCCCGCAUAAAACUUUUCGCCGACUACACAAUUGGUAGGAGUGUUUAGAGAUUACAGCGUUGAUCUAUAAUGCAGUGUUGAUCCAUAAUGGAAGUGUUUCCUAGAUUUUCCUUGAUUUUACAAACAAUUCUACCAAUAUUAGGAAUUUUUAUUUUCUACCAUAUUGUUUCGUUCAUUGUCCGUUUACGGCACCUUAAACAGCGUUUCAAGGGGGCAAAAGGACCGGAAAAAUGUCAUUGGUUAUUUGGCAGCCUCGUUCAUUUCCCAGCUGACCCUCAUGAAUUAACGAUGUUUCUUCUCGACAUGGCUAACAACUAUGGAAGUGAACAGGGAUAUGUUUUCUUCUGGGGCAUGUUGAAGAAACCAAUCGUAAUGCCGUGUAGUCCAAAAGUGAUGGCGAAUAUAUGUAAAAGCAAUGAACCCAAAGCAAAAGGAUUUGGGGGUCCUUAUCAGCUUUUACAACCGUGGCUCGGAGAAGGUUUACUUACGGCCAAUGGCGAAAAAUGGGCGCGAAACAGACGUCUGCUAACUCCCGCUUUCCACUUCGAGAUACUAAAACCCUACACCAAAGUGUUUAACCAGUCUGCUGAUAUAUUUGUGAAAAAGAUAUCAGCAAAAGCAGAAGUUGGUGAAAGGUUCGACGUGUUCCAGAACGUGUGUUUGUGUACGCUAGAGAUAAUACUAAAGUGUGCAUUUUCAUACAAGGAAGAUGUGCAGAAUGCUGGCGAUUCUAAUCCAUAUGUGAAAACAGUUAAUAGAAUCACAGAUGCUGUCACAUAUAGAAUUCUAAAUCCAAUUAUGUAUUAUGACACCAUCUGGAAUAUGAGUUCAGUUGGGCGACAGUUCAAGAAAGAUUGUGAAUAUGUACACUCAGUUGCAGAGGAAAUCAUAGACAAGCGGAGAGAUGCACUGGAAGAGACAGGAGGAAGUUCCAAGAGCAGUCGGUAUGUUGACUUUCUGGAUAUCCUUCUAACAGCGUGUGACGAGGAAGGUCGGGGUCUUACAAGAAUGGAAAUCCGGAAUGAGGUUGACACGUUCCUAUUUGAAGGUCAUGACACAACAGCUAGUGCCAUAUCAUGGAUCAUGUAUUCUCUGGCGGAAAAUCCCGAAUGUCAACAAAAAUGUCAGACGGAGAUUGACGAGAUACUUGGCGACAAGGAGACUGAUGAUUUGGAAUGGUCUGACUUGAACCAGUUAGAUUACGUAACAAUGUGUAUCAAAGAAGGAAUGCGCUUACAUUCUCCGGUCGCUAGUAUAAUGCGUGAAACAACGCAAGAUUAUGAUCUUGGCGAUAGAAUUGCCCCAGAAGGAACCAUGGUCAUUAUGAAUAUAUGGAUGUACCAUCAUAUGGAGAAAAUAUGGGGACCAGACCACAUGGAGUUUAAACCAGAACGAUUUUCUAAAGAAAAUAUCGAUAAGAUGGACCAUUUCCAGUAUGUGCCGUUUUCAGCUGGACCUAGGAACUGUAUCGGACAGAACUUUGCAAUGAACGAAGAAAAGAUUGUACUGUCAAAGUUGCUGAGAAAUUUUACAUUUAGACUGGAUCCUGACCAUAAAGUUAAGAGGAACAUUUCAGCCGUUAUGAGAACGAAAGAUGGAAUGUACAUGUUCGCUGAGAAACGGAAACACUGAAGACGACGGUGUUUACGUGUGAAUGACACAUAAAGAAAAAUAUAUGUUCAAUCUUUUAGUUAACUGGAUAAAUAAAAAUAAAAAUAUCA